AUGGCCUCCAACGCACCCACCUGCCUCGGCCCCAAUGGCCUCCCCGACUUCGCCGCGCUGCCCGACAUCCCGCGCAACAUCACGACCUACCUCAGGCCCAACACCAACAUGACGCUCUUGGCCAUGACCCAGUGCUGCGCGCCCAACCCGGUCCACAAGACCCAGCACGACUGCUACCUGUGGUGCGAGGUGCCCGACUCUGGAGGGCUCACCGGCGACAAGGCCCAGGCGGCGGCCCAGUCGCUGAGCAGCUGCGUCAAUCGGCCCGGCCUGGACACGUCGAUCAGCGGGUGGCAGAUCGCGAGCUCGGGCGGCGGCGCUGGGGUGAGGAACAUGCGGCUUGGUAGUGUCGUUGCGCUGAGUCUCGUGGCCUCGGCGCUGGUGUCUGGGCUGCUGUAG